AUGGCUGAGCCUGGAGAGCAGCUGCCUGAGGAGGUGCUGGCACUCAUCUUUUGCUACCUGCCACUGCCUGACAGAGCUGCUGCUGCCAGGGUCUGCAGGGCGUGGGCUGCUGCUGCCACUUGCAGUGCCGUGUGGCAUAACAUAAGCAUCAGUUGCGACUCGGAACGAAAAAGCCUGCUGUCACCGUAUCUGUCCUCCGGCCUGGACCACGUCCGCAACCUAGGGCUGCAAUUCGAGCCAUCGAGGGAACCGAGCCGCCGGGAAGCUACGGAGUUGCUGAGGACGCUGGCGGGCAGGAGUCCAGGGCUGCGAGGCCUGCGCCUGGAGUGCCGCGGAGAGAAGCCGCUCUUCGACGCAGGCCGCGAUGUCCUGGACGCGGUCCGUGCCCUCUGCCGGGACGCGCGUGCCCUGCGCCACCUCAACCUGCGGCGCCUGCCCUUCACCCUGGACGACGCGCUGGUGCUGCAGGUGUCGCGCGGCUGCCCCGAGCUCCGCAGCCUUUACCUGGACAACGAUACGUUGGUGGGCAGCGUCGGGCCCUACUCGGUACUCGAGCUCCUGGAAGCCUGCCCGCACCUGCACUCCCUCGGUUUGCACCUGGCCAGCCUGUCGCGCCCGGCUCUGGAGACGCUGGCAGCGCCGGAUCGGGCGCCUUUGGAGCUCCUGGCUCUUCGGGGUGCGUGCCCCGAGGAUGCCCGCGCCCCGCCGCUGCCUGACGAAGCCUGGGCCGCGUUGCGCCGCCGUCACCCGGGCCUGGCCGUAGAGCUGGAACUGGAGCCCAUCCUUUCGGGCGAGAGCGUGACGCGCGUCCUGCAGCCGGCUGUGCCCGUGGCCGUGCUGCGCUUCAGCCUGUCGGGGGACACGGUGGGGCCGCUUCGCUUCGCCUCGCGCCACUACGCCACAACUCUGCGCCUUCUCGAGGUGCGCGCCGCCGCCUCCCCGCAGCUGGACGCGGCGCUGGAGGAGCUGGCGGCGCGUUGCGCGGGACUGCAAGAAGUCCACUGCUUCUGCCUGGUGCGCCCGUCGGUGCUGCGGGCCUUCCUCGCCCACUGCCCGCGCCUACGCAGUUACACGCUCAAACUAACGCGGGCGCCGCAUCCCUGGCGGCCCACGCUCGUGGCCUGA